AUGCAGGGUCAAAAUCAUGCUCAUAACAGAUCCCUAGAUCGUGGACUAGAUCGAGAUCGUUUCCGUGACGGAACUCGAAAUCUGAAUCGGAGAAGGGAAAAACAACCGGCGAUCGAUAAUGAGGAAAUAAAUGUUGAUGGGGAAAACCCACAAGUUCGAGGAAAUAGAGGGCAUGCAUUCGGCAGCCCAUCUAGGAGGAAUGACCAUCGGCAGGACCUGCAAGAUAGUCGCACCGCAACUCCUAGUACAGAGGAAGAACUGUUACUCAAUCGGUUGAACGAGCUGGAGAAGGAGAACGCUCUCCUGAGGAAUGAUGAAGAUGAGGUUCGAGAUCGACACGAUGAGAGAAAAUUUUUGCACGAUUACUAUGCUCGUUCGGAGCAAGGCAGAAAUGGAAGAUACCCCACUGGUCCCCGAAGGAAAAAAAUGAGAUCUACAUCUCAUAUUCCAGAUGACCGAGAUUAUGGGCAGGAAGACGGUUCCUCAGAUGACGACAUAAACACAAUAACAGAGGCUCGCCUUUGCGAGAUGAUCGAGAAACACAGUGAUGAGUUGAUGUGCAAAAUGUUUCCACAGUCACUGGAUGGAGGAGCAAUAAAGUGGUUCAAUAAACUCCUGACACAGUCGUUCGGUACUUACCAUGAAUUGGUUGGAGAAUUCUGCUCCCACUACAAGUACAACAGACGUGAACGAAAGGGAUGCCAUGAUUUGUUCAUUCUAGGAAUUCGGAAGGAGGAAAGCAUCAUACAGUUUACUCGACGCUUCAAGCAAGAGUUGGAUGAUGUCGAUGGAGCUAACGAUCAAGUCAUCAUUGCAUCCUACAAACAGGAAUACCAGCAUGAUCACAGGGGCGUGUACGGUUCUUUGGUCAAGAGACCAGCAAAUACUUUGGAAGAACUAUAUGAUCGAGCAGAAGAAUACGCUCGAGUAGAAGAUGAUUCCAAAGCUCAGGAGAUGAGAGAUGUCAACAGAUCAUCCAAUCAUCCAAAUAAUAGGAAGAAAGACAAGUCAAAGAACCAUUCGAGUGGGCAGUAUAACGAUCGAGGUGAAGUUCGAGAGAAAACUACGGAGAACGAAUGGAAACUGGAUAUCAGAAAUAUCAUGAUAUGA